CAUGACAAAUUAGUUUUCACUGAGAGGCAUGACAUCACCGCUUUCAGGACUCUCCAAUGUUUGUGGUCAGGAGGGAAGAGAAGGGGGGUCUGGGGGGGCUCGUGUGUCCUGUCCUCCUGGCUGCUCUCUCACAUGUGUGGGAGUGGAAGCAAACUACUGUCCAACCAGAGACUCUGCUGCUCUUUACAUGCUGGGUACAACUAUUUUUUUUUCCUAGUCUUUCCAGCAUGUCAUUCCACCACAAAAGAGCCAGAGGAGCUGAAGUUCAAAUAAGGCUGUAGACAGUGAUGUGCUCAGGGCUCCGGGUUGGGAUGGGACAAAACUCUCCUCUAGGCAGCAGGUAACCUCCUGCUAUCAGCCGCAGGGACAUACAAUCAGCAAACAAUGAAAUAGGCGAUCACAGCAAGGCGCUGCUACAAAGUAACUUCUAAGGCGUUAAAGAAGCUGCGUCUGUUCCAUUUCACUUUUUUUCACAUGCUGGCAAGAAAAGUUGACGGGAAGUUCUGAAUAACUUUAACUAGGCAGCUCUGAGGAGAGGAUGCCAGCUUUGGAGAAUAGCUGAUCAAAGAGGACCUGUGCUUCAGAAACGAGAUAGGAAAGGAAGUCCAGAGAAGAGAGCAAAAAAGUCAUUUAUAAGUCCUAUCUAUAUUCCGUGGACCAUGCAAUUGCUGGGUGGUGCCAUUUUGUUAUUUCUUGUGCUCAUGGGAAGCACGAAUGGCAGCAGUGCACAAGAAUUCCAGAACAGUGAAGGGACAGAACAAGAGUUUAUUUAUGUGAACAGGGAGCGGCGAGCGGCAGAAUCCGACAAAUGCAGCUACACGUUCAUUGUGCCUCAACAAAAAGUCACAGGAGCCAUCUGUGUGAACUCCAAAGAGCAGGAGACUGUUUACGAGAGUCGGAUCCACAAGCAGGAGAUCGAACUUCUCAAUACGGAACUUCUGAAACAGAAACGGCAAAUCGAAACACUGCAGCAGCUUGUGGAAGUUGACGGUGGUAUUGUUAAUGAAGUCAAGCUCUUGCGGAAAGAGAGCCGGAAUAUGAACUCCAGGGUCACCCAGCUGUACAUGCAACUAUUGCACGAAAUUAUUAGGAAACGGGACAAUGCACUGGAGCUCUCACAACUGGAGAACAAAGUUCUGAACCAAACUGCAGACAUGUUACAGCUGACGAAUAAGUACAAGGACCUGGAACACAAAUAUCAGCACUUGGCUUCGCUGGCGAGCAACCAGUCCAUUGUGAUUGCACAGCUGGAGGAACAGUGCCAGAAGGUACCUCAGUCAAAGCCGAUACCACAACCUCCACAACAACCCAAAAGGGUGUAUCAAACGCCCAAUUACAACCGCAUCAAUCAAAUAUCUACCAAUGAGAUUCAAGGAGACCAAAACUUGAAGGUUCUCCCACCUCCUCUGCCAACCAUGCCCUCGGUCACCAGCAUCCCAACAUCUACAGACAAGCCAUCUGGUCCAUGGAAAGACUGCCUACAGGCAAUGGACGACGGACAUGACACAAGCGGCAUAUACCUGGUGAAGCCAGAGAACAACAAUAGACUGAUGCAGGUGUGGUGUGAUCAACGACACGAUCCUGGUGGCUGGAUUGUCAUCCAGAGAAGAACUGAUGGAUCGGUCAACUUCUUCCGGAACUGGGAAACGUACAAACAAGGAUUCGGUAACAUUGACGGAGAGUAUUGGCUCGGGCUGGAAAACAUCUACUGGCUAACUAAUCAAGACAACUACAAAUUAUUAGUUACCAUGGAAGAUUGGCAGGGACGCAAAGUGUUUGCUGAAUAUGCAAGUUUCCGCCUAGAACCUGAAAGUGAACAUUACAAAUUGAAACUUGGCCGUUAUAACGGCAAUGCCGGGGACUCGUUCACCUGGCAUAACGGCAAGCAGUUCACCACCCUCGAUAGGGAUCAUGAUGUAUACACAGGCAAUUGCGCCCACUACCAGAAAGGAGGAUGGUGGUACAACGCUUGUGCUCACUCCAACCUCAACGGCGUUUGGUACAGAGGAGGGCACUACCGCAGCCGCUACCAAGACGGCGUUUACUGGGCUGAGUUCCGAGGCGGAUCCUACUCACUGAAGAAAGUCGUUAUGAUGAUCAGACCCAAUCCCAACACGUUUCACUAAAGUCUGGACUGAUGAACAUAAAAA